CGACUCCACGCCCUCGCCAUCACCUCUGGCCUCUUCGGGUACCGCUCCUUCAUCCGGAACUCCCUCAUCAACAUGUACACCAAAUCCAACUCCUUCGACCUCGCCUACAAAAUUUUUAGCACGCUCCAAGACCCGGAUGUCGUUUCUUGGAACACGAUCCUCUCGGGCUUAUGGGGGGUCAACGGAUUACAGUUUGUAUUGGAAAUGAAUAGGUCAGGCGUCUCUUUUGAUGCUGUUAGCUUCACGCUGGCAAUCUCAUUCUCCGCUGACUUAUAUGAGGUGGGUUUUGGUCGGCAGAUUCAUUGUCUUGUGUUUCGAUCUGGGUUCGAUUCGGAUGUCUUUGUGGGGAAUUCUCUUAUUACAAUGUAUUUGAGGAAUGGGUGCGUUGAGGAUGCAAGGAAAGUGUUUGAUGAAAAGCCGAACAGAGACUUGGUGUCAUGGAAUGCUUUGAUUUCUGGAUUAACCCAAGAAGGGGAUUAUGGGCACGAGGCAAUUAGGGUUUUUAUUGAGAUGGUGAGCCGAGAAGAGUUUAGGCUCGAUCAUGUUUCGCUUGCGAGCGUCGUCUCGGCUUGUGGGCAAGAGAGAAUGUUUGAUCUCGGGUGUCAAGUCCAUUGCUUCGCGAUGAAGGUUGGGCUCGAUGAGCAUGUCUCUGUUGCAAAUGUUCUCAUGUCAAUGUACCAAAAAACUGAGUCAAGUGAUUGUGCAGUUAGGGUUUUUGACAACAUGAGAGAGAGGAAUGUUGUUUCUUGGACUACAAUGAUGUCGAUAGAUGGGAAUAAUGCAGCACCGCUCUUUAACAGUAUGAAACUUGAUAGAGUUCAGCCUAAUGAGGUUACGUUUAUCGCAUUGAUCUACUCUGUAUCUCCUGAAGAUUCUCUUGCAAUAGGAAAUAUGAUUCAUGGGAUCUGCUUCAAAACUGGGAUUUUGUCGGAGGUAAAUGUUUCGAACAGUCUUAUAACCAUGUACGCCAAGUUAGGCUACACUGUAGAAUCAAGAAAGAUUUUCGACGAAAUGAGCUAUAAAGAAGUAAUCUCUUGGAACUCACUCAUCUCAGGCUACGCACAAAAUGACCAAUGCGAAGAAGCCCUACGCGCCUUUUCCUCAUUGCUCACUCACUGCAUGCCGAAUCAAUACACAUUCGGGAGCAUUCUCAGCGUGAUAACCGCAGCACAAACCAUGUCGUUAACCUAUGGCCAGCAAUGCCACUGCCGCAUCCUCAAGCUCGGUCUCAGCACGAAUGAGUACGUCUCUGGCGCUCUCAUCGACAUGUACUCAAAACACGGGAGCAUCCUAGAGUCCCAAAAGGCGUUCCAGGAUACUACCCAUAGAAGCCUGAUAAGUUGGACUGCGAUAAUCUCUGCACAUUCCAAGCACGGUGACUUCCAGGCCGUAAUGCGCCUGUUUGAAGAAAUGUUGGGGUCCGGGCUAGAGCCCGACAAUAUCACCUUCCUCGCGGUCCUCAUGGCAUGUGGAGGCAAAGGGAGGGUUGAUAUCGGCAUAAGCAUCUUUGACACGAUGGUGUCACAAUAUAAACUAGAACCAUGGCCGGAGCAUUAUAGUUGUGUUGUUGAUAUGUUGGGGAGAGCGGGGAGAUUGGCAGAGGCCGAGGCUAUGGCAAAGAGAAUACCACUAGGGUUAGGGUUUUCGGCGAUGCAAAGCUUGUUGGGAGCGUGUAGGUUUCACGGGGAGGUGGAGAUGGGGGAGAGGGUAGCAGAGGCGUUGAUGGCGAUGGAGCCAAAGGAAUCAGGGGCAUACGUGCUCAUGUCAAACUUGUACGCGGAGAGGGGGGAGUGGGGGAUGGCAGCGAGGGUGAGGAAGGAGAUGAGGGAGAGAGGGGUGAAGAAAGAGGUAGGGUUUAGUUGGGUGGAUGUAGGGAUGAGAGAUGAGAUACACUGCUACAAGUUUUCAUCUGGUGAUCGGAGUCAUCCUCAUGCUGAGGAGAUUUGUAGGGUUGCUGAAUGUUUAGGGUUAGAUAUGAGUGAAUUGGAGGAAGACAGAAAUAGUAGCAUGGGUUGGUUAUCAGAAGAAGUAGCAUGUAAGUGAUGAAUC